UCUCUCUGGAACCCGUGCAGCCUGCCCCUUAAUAGGCUCGAGCUGUCCCAUCCGCCUUGCGCUCGCUCUCCUAGUCUUGCUACGGCGAGGAGGACGCUGCACAGACUUUGCCGCCAGGCUCCUAGCUCUCGUCUCAGAAGUCCGCCGCGGCGAACAUGGCCUCAGGAGUUCAGGUUGCAGAUGAAGUAUGUCGUAUUUUCUAUGACAUGAAAGUUCGGAAGUGCUCCACACCAGAAGAAAUCAAGAAAAGGAAGAAGGCUGUCAUUUUUUGUCUCAGUGCAGACAAAAAGUGCAUAGUUGUUGAAGAAGGCAAAGAGAUCUUGGUUGGAGAUGUUGGCGAUACCAUAACUGAUCCCUUCAAGCAUUUUGUGGGAAUGCUUCCUGAAAAAGAUUGUCGCUACGCUUUGUAUGAUGCAAGCUUUGAAACCAAGGAGUCCAGAAAAGAGGAGCUGAUGUUCUUCUUGUGGGCACCAGAACAUGCACCUCUGAAAAGCAAAAUGAUCUACGCGAGCUCAAAGGAUGCCAUCAAAAAGAAGUUUCAAGGCAUAAAGCAUGAAUAUCAAGCAAACGGGCCAGAAGACCUUAAUCGGAAUAGUAUUGCUGAAAAGCUAGGUGGCUCCUUAAUUGUAGCUUUUGAAGGGUCCCCUGUGUAGAUCAUCAGCCAGUGCCACGACUUCAAAGCUUCCAUUUAACACUGUCCUUUCACUAUAGAAGCAAAGCAUAUAGAUUUAGGCCAGGGUCUCACUGAGGGGAAUUUGUCUUGUCAUCUUUUAGAGUAAACUAAAAAUUCUAUAGAUGUGUGCAAAAACCACUACCCUAUAUAAAUCUAGCCUCUAAAGUUUUGUUGAUGUGGAAUUAAAUUCUUAUUGGCCAAAUACCUAUUUUCAUGAGGUGACCUGUAAAGAUUUUGUUAAGCUCAGGAUUUUUAAUAACACAGUUCAGAAAACAGUACAAGGCAAUGUGAAGAGAACUACUAAUCUUCGCUAACCUCAGCAGUUUUGUUUCUUUUGCUUAGAAAACUGAUUGUAAUCUAUGCAUAAUUUUCAUCCAAAUUCUGUAUUUUUCCUUGACUUAAACAAAAUGAGAUAUGAUUUUCUUUAUAAUGUGUACAACACUAAUAUAAAUAACAGCAGUUAAGACUAAGCCAGGCAGUCAGUCUACCAUGUGUGUCAUAAGACUGCUUCAGAAUUGUCUGCUUCAAAUCCACGCUGGUCUUGCAGAGCACCAUCCAGAGCGCAGUGCUGGAUGCAGGACGCAGCCCUGUACCUGCAGUGAGAGGCUCCCUGGCCUGGGAAACUGCUUACAGUGACUUGGUGUCUUAGAAAUCAUGGUUUAUCCUCAGGAGAAUGUGCAGUGUCUUGUAACAACUAAUUAUAUAUUGCAAAUUAGGGCUUCAUUGUAAUCUUCUUUAUUAAUGACAAAUGAUAAAGCAGUGUAUUAAUAAGCCAGGGUGCUGUCGAUCUCUAAUUUCUUCUUCAGAACCAUGCUGCAUCUGGUACAGUAGGAUGUGGAAGAGUGUUGAGUAUGUUUCCUCGGGGGCCUGGCAGGGUGCAAAUCCUUAGCAGUUUACCAGCUAUGUAUGAAAUGGGAAGCAGGUACCACGAAUGACUCUCACCGGAGACUGCCCGACAACACUUGGAAGUGAUUGUUACCACCACAGGCAUGACACGGAACAGUAGAGAUGCACAAACAGCUGAACUUAGAAGUAGCAAUGCUGGCUUUAUGUAAUAAAGGAAGCAUUUGUAACUUA